CAUGACGUCACGCUUGUAGCUCACUGUCAUAAAAAGCAUGGCGGACGGGGGAUGAUAGGCGGCUUGUGUUGCCGAGUUCUGUCUUGUAUGUGAAAAAGACGUUAAUAAGUUUGAUAUAUUUAUGAAAUACACGUCCUAGUAUAAAAAUUAGGUAUAAAAAGAGUGAAACUUUCUCCUAAAUUAACUCAUAAGAAACGAAGGAGAGUAUAAAAAUUCACAGCACGAUUGACACGUCUCGUCGUUUGAUAAUUAAUAUAUUACAAAUUGUAUUUGCACUGUUUUCCAAAGACUGUCACGCUUUAAAAAAUGGCGCAAGAGGUCGAAGAAACUAUGAAACGGAUUCAGUCUCAUAAGGGAGUAGUCGGAACGAUAGUAGUGAACGCGGAAGGUAUUCCAAUAAAAUCAACGCUAGACAACACAACAACUGUUCAAUAUGCAGGUUUGAUAAGUCAGUUGUCGGACAAAGCUCGCUCCGUUGUACGUGAUUUGGAUCCAACCAAUGAUUUAACUUUUCUACGAAUUCGUAGCAAAAAGCAUGAAAUUAUGGUUGCACCGGAUAAAGAAUUUAUAUUAAUAGUAGUGCAAAAUCCAGUUGACUGAUACCUAAAGGAUAUAAUGUAUUGCAAAAUUAGGAUUCAUUCCUUUGGUUAUUAAUUUAUUUUAAAUGCUGCAUUUGAUUUUAAUGUUUAUUCAAUUAGCAAAUGAGAAAAUAAAGCUUAUAUGAUUGUAACUUUAAAAUAAUUCUGCAAAUUAUGACCUUUAAAGGCUUUCAUGGUGUUUCUUGAUAAUUAAUAUUUUAUAGUAUUUUUGCAAAUAGAUUCUGAAUAAACUAAUUAUUCCUA